CUAGAGAGACGAACACCAGCCAUGGCGAUGCCGUCAGUCGCCCAUGCCGUUGUUAAGAUGGUGAGAAAACAGAUUGAUUCUUCCACUACAGGGCCGAUCACGCUGCAGUCGGACUUGGGGGGGAUCAAGAUGAAGCUAGAGGAGGUGGAGGCGAUGUUCAGGGACGCCAAGCGGGGGGCGAUCUGGACACAAACGGAAUGGCUGGAGCCGCUCAAGAAUGCAGCGUAUGAAAUCUCCGACAUGAUUUAUGAGUACGAAGCAAAGGAGAAACCUGAUACCCGAAAAGCAUAUUGUUUCCGUACCAAAAUUGCAAUGGCUGAUAUGAGGAAGAAGAUGAAAGACCGACUGAACGAGAUCACAAACCUAUAUGGUUCUAUGGGUCGUGUCUUAAGUAUUCGGCCAGAGGGGCAUUAUGAUUUGAGGGAAACAUCGGGGAUGAUGGAAGCGAACAUCAUAGGGAGGGAUAAAGAAAAGCAGGAAAUAAUAGACUGUCUAUCUGGAAGCAGGACACAACACAUCACGAUACUUCCUAUAUAUGGAAUUGCAGCCAUUGGCAAGACAGCAUUAGCACAAUCUGUUUUCAAUGAUUAUCGAUUCAGAGACUACACUCAGGUGUGGGUCUAUGUGUCCAUGACAUUUGAUUUGAAGAAAAUCGGCAACUCAAUAUUAGCACAAGUGUCAGAAGAGGGGGGCUACUUAGUUGAAAUGGAUAUGAUAGUUAAUCGUCUUCGAGAGAUACUUGCUGGUAAGGAGAUUUUAGUCGUUUUAGAUGACCUGUGGGAGAAUGAUCCAUCUCAGCUUCAGGAUUUGAAGUCCAUGCUACAGUUUGGCGAGGGUGUCAAGGUCAUUGUUAUGGUAACUACACGAGAUGAAGCCAUAGCAAGAGAAAUUUGUACCAUUGAGCCAUACAAGGUAGCUCCUGUAACAGAUAACAUGUGCUGGAGUAUAGUAAAACGGAAUAGUCGCUUUGAAUCUACAAACGGCAAAGAGCAGUUGGAGCAGAUAGGAAUAGACAUUGCAAUGAAGUGUCAAGUUGUGCCUUUAGCGGCCACGAUAGUUGGACGCGGGUUGGGAUGGCAGUCAGGGAGGGAGUAUGAUAUGUGGAAUAUACCUAAUGCUGAUGAUACAUCAUCACAACAAGUUCUUCAGUCUCUGCUAUUAAGCUAUGACCAUAUGCCACCUGAACUACAGUUAUGCUUUGCCUACUGUGCCAUCUUGCCAAGGAAUCGCAGUAUCAUUAAGAAGGAUCUGAUUCGCCAAUGGAUUGCUCUUGGGUUUAUCAAGCCAUCUAGCACCUCAUCUGCUACACAGGACAGUGAGUAUUAUGUUGCGCGGCUUCUUGAGCUUUCGUUCCUUAAGCAUGCAGAGUCAACCUCGACUACUGAACCGGAAGAUAAGGACGCAAUGUUAAAUGUGGAUGGUCUGCUGCAUGACCUCGCAAGAUCAGUUAUGAUGGGCGAGUUAAUUGUUGUUGAUGCUAAUAAUACUGGGAGGUAUGAUCGUGGCCGAUAUGCAGUGCUAACCCACUGUGAUGCCAGGUCACUGAAGGUGUCCAGUAUUUUGCCUGGGCACACAAGGGCGCUUCAUUGUAGCAACACGGAGCUUACAGAUGAUUCGUUCUCAUUUGCAAAGUGCAUGCGUGUCUUGGAAUUGAGGGAAAGCUCCAUGCAGAAGCUACCUGAUUCUAUCUGCCAACUGAGGUACUUGGGGUAUCUUAAUUUAUCUGGCUGCUCCCGACUAAUAACUCUGCCGGAAUCAUUUGGGGAUCUAAUGAGUCUGGAGCAUAUCAAUUUAUCAGGCUGCUCAGGGCUGACAAAACUGCCACAGUCAUUUGGGGAUUUAAUAAGUCUGGUGCAUAUCAAUUUAUCAUGCUGCUCAGGACUAGAAAAUUUGUUGGAAUCAUUCGGGGGUUUGAAAGAACUGUUGCAUAUCAACUUAUCAGGCUGCUCUAGACUAGUAAAACUGCCGCAGUCAUUUGGAAAUCUGAUCAAUUUAUUGCAUAUUAAUUUAUCAGGUUGCUCCCUACUAGCAAAACUGCCGGAAUCGUUCGGGAAGCUCAAGAAACUGCUAUAUCUGGAUCUGUCAUUUUGUUCCUGUUUUGAAGGAAUCUUUGGACUUCUUGCUGGACUUACCAGUCUCCAGCAUUUGAACUUGGCACAUCCAUGCUGCUCUCGUGCUGAACACCGGUCCGCUCUGCAAGGUCUGGCAGGUGUUUUAGGGAAGUUCACCCAACUCCAGUAUUUGAACUUAUCCAUGUUCCUGAAUAAUAUGUUCUACUACUGGUCAGAGAUGGAGUGUGUCGCAUACAUUGGAUCAUGCAUCAGCGGCCUCUCAAAACUCGAGCAUUUGGACCUAUCCCAUAACAUAUUUCUUACUGAUCUUCCCGAAAGUAUGAGUGGCCUCAACAAGCUGCAUACCCUGGAUCUCUCAGGCUGCAUUAGACUAAAGAGGCUAGCCAAAAGGAUAGGUGAAAUGAGCUCUCUCAAGUUAAUAGCUCUGAAAAACUGUGAGGGACUAGAAAGUUGCCAGUUUGUGGUCGGUGUUAAUAGUGGACCAUACAGUAGCACCAACAACCUUUUUCAGCUGGAGGUUGUGGAUUGUAAAGAGCUGGAGAUAAGCUGCCUUGAGAAGGUGACGUCUUUGGAGGAAGCGCGGAGGAUAAAAUUAGUGGAGAAACAAAAGGUAGAAACACUGAAGCUUUAUUGGACUUCUAUUGGCGACGCUGGAGGACCACUGCUGGUGGAGGAGAAUGCUUUGUUAGGAGAACUAGUGCCACCACAUUCUCUGAAGUGCCUUGAGAUACAUGGCUAUGGCGGCGAAACCUGCCUCCCGGUGUGGCAGAUACCAAGCAUAUCUUCUCAUCUCCCUAACCUUAUGGAGGUUAUCAUGGAGGAGUUUCCGAGGUGCAUGGUCCUGCCACCGCUGGGUAUAUUACCAAACCUCAAGCGCUUGGUUCUCAGAAAGAUGGCCAGCAUCACAAGAAUCGACGAUGGUGACCUCAGUGGCGGCAACCACGCAGCAUUCAGUCAGCUAUCAAAGGUUACCAUCGAUGACAUGGAGAAUCUGAAACUGUUUCUGUUCCGUAGUGUAGAUGAAUUGCUGAUUCAGAAAUGCCCAGAGCUGAGCUUUGGGCCUCUCCCUCCUAGAGCCCAAAGGUUGGUGAUAGCAGACUGCAACAAAGUCGUGUCUUCAUGGGGGAAGAGACAAGGAGACGGUGAUGAAGGAUCUUCCAGUUCUACUCCAGUAACUGAACUGGUGGUCGAAAACUGCAAUCUGUCUCUAGGUGGCUGGAGUUUGCUUCGGCACCUCCCUGGCCUCCGGACACUAUGCCUCUUCCAAUGCGACAGCAUGACCUCACUACCGGAGGAGGUGGGCGACCUCCGGUCUCUCCAAGAACUCAAGAUUGUGUGCUGCAAGGAGCUCAACUAUUUGCCGGAUAGCAUGCAACAACUUGCCUCCCUUCAAUCCAUGUAUUUCAGUGAAUGCGAGAGGAUAGAAGCAUUUCCUGAAUGGUUUGAACAUCUCACCUCUCUUCAGAGGCUUGACAUCCACAGAUGCCCUGCCAUUUCGUCCUUGCCGCGGAGCAUGAAUGAAAUUGCCAGCCUCAAAGAUGUUCGUGUUUCGGGCUGUGAAAGAUUGAAGAGGUGGUAUGAAUCGUUAGAGCACCAAUCUCGAGAAAAAUCAUUAGAGGACAAGACGAAGCCAGCCCAGAUCCGCUUACACUUUGAAGAGAUUGGAAGUGCUAACAGGCCAGGCCACCAACUUCCGCGAAUGCAUUGACGGCCGGGCAACAGGGCUGGAAGAACGGCAGUAGAAUUUGAAUGCACCGAUGACGAAUUUAUCGGUACAAUAAGCCCAAUGAUGUUUGCUGCAAAGCAUGUAGAAAAUCACCAACCUCAAGGAUCUCUGAAAUGUCCAUGAUUGAACAAAUGGUGCGAGUCAGAGGAGAACAAUACAGAAGAUCGCUCACAUACGACAAAAAUAUGAAAAGCUGGGUGCCAGCAGGACAGGUGAACAACAUGCAUUUGCAUAUGCAAAGAAAUCUUCUCGUGCCAAGUUUGGCUCGAGGUGCUGAGCGAGUACUAUCUUGGCGUUUCGUGUGAAUCUUCGCAGACUGAACCUGCUAUGUUGUGUUAUAGAUUUCAUGGAAAUGUGAUUGGGAGCUUUAACCGCCCUACUUGCUUUUAAAAAAACAUCUAUGCGGCAGGAGUUCUCAAACUUGGCAUGUGACAUCAGUUUGGCUCACCCCGCAAAAAAAAGACAUCAGUUUGGUUCAAUAAUUUUAAGAGCACAUGCUCGCCCUAGUGUUUGGGCGUCCGUCCCGAGUGGUGACGGUUAGCUGGUAACUAUAUGU